CAUUUCCAGAAUUGGCGAUUUUCAUAUCUUCAUGAAUCGAGUACUCGCACGUUUUUGCUCUUCGAUUCCUUCUUGCUCUCAACGGUUUACGGAAGAAGAGUUACAAGCAAUAAUCGAACUGAAACGAAGAUCCGAGCGAAUUCUAGACAAAGCUGCUCAAAAUGUUUUGAAAGGCAGAAGCUGGGCGAAAGCUCCCGUGCUUGAAGUGAGUGGAAGAAAACCACCGGCGAGUUGGCAACGAUCCAGCAAAAAAGGCCAACGAUUCUUCGAUCAAAAUGAACAGAUUCAGCAGUCUGUGGUGAAACUGAGAUGGGCUGAUUUUGCGGAAAGAGAUGUCGACGUUCUUCUCACAUCACAAGACGAAACUUUGUACACAGUGGAGGUUAAAGCAGUUUUAUAUGGAAUAAUUCAAGCAAUUCACUUAAACGAGACCAAAAUUCGAAUGAAAAGUGCAAACGAAGUCGUUGUUAGAGUGGCUAACAAACGAUACACUGCGAGUAAAGAGGCCGCCAGUUUUCAUCUCAUCACUCGUGUUGUGAACGGAAACGACACAAAAAGCCGAGAAAAUCAGCUGAAAGCAAAACUGGAAACGAUCAACGAACCUGAGAAACCGAUUAAACGAAUUGCAAAAACGACGAUAUCCGAAAACGAUUUUUUCCAAAAAUAUAGAAAUAGCAUUGAAUUGUUGAAAAAGUACUCUUGAUUUAUUUUAUUCAUUUGGAAAAAAAAAAACUGAAUAAAACUUACU